AUGCAGUUGGUCCCCAGGGAGCUAGACAAGCUCGUCAUCUCGCAGCUGGGCUUGCUCGCGCAACGACGACUGGCCCGCGGCGUGAAGCUCAACCAUGCCGAAGCAACCCUUAUUCGGGAUGGAAACCACACAGUCGCGGACCUCAUGGCUAUUGGCAAGACCAUGCUGGGUCGUCGCCAUGUGCAGCCCGCCGUCGUCGCUUCUCUCUCAGAGUUGAUGGUAGAAGGCACCUUCCCCACCGGCACAUACCUCGUCACAGUCCACCAUCCCAUUUCUACCGACGAUGGAGACCUUGCGAAAGCCCUAUAUGGAUCGUUCCUACCUGUCCCGUCCAAUGAUAUGUUUCCUUUACCCGAUGCAGACGUAUACGAAGGCACGAGGCAACCGGGCGCUAUCAUAGCUGUCAAGGGAGAGGCAGGAACUAUCAAGUUGAACGAGGGGCGCAAGAGGAUCAAACUCAACGUUAAGAGCAUGGGAGACAGACCAAUCCAGGUCGGAUCGCAUUACCACUUCAUCGAGACAAACCCGCAACUGCAAUUCGACCGCGUACGAGCGCAUGGCUACCGACUUGACAUCCCCGCUGGCACGUCGGUGCGCUUCGAGCCGGGCGACACGAAGACGGUUACCUUGGUACAGAUUGCGGGCAACCAAAUAAUCAAGGGUGGAAACAAUAUCGCAUCCGGCUUCAUCGGGGACAUGAAGGUCAUCAACGGUAUCGUCGAGAGGUUGCAGGCUGGAGGAUUUCUCCAUCAACCGGAACCAGAGGGUGAUGGUGCACAUAUCGACAUUUGCACAAUGGAGCGACGGGCUUAUAUUACCAUGUUCGGCCCGACGACCGGCGACCUGAUAAGACUCGGUGCCACGGACCUCUGGAUCAAGGUUGAGAAAGACAUGACCAAGUAUGGCGAUGAAUGUUCUUUUGGCGGAGGGAAAACGCUAAGAGAAGGCAUGGGUCAAGCAGGAGGACGAUCGGAUAAAGAUUCACUUGAUACGGUCAUCACUAACGCCCUGAUUAUCGACUGGACUGGCAUUUACAAGGCCGAUAUUGGAAUCAAGGAUGGCAUCAUUGUCGGUAUUGGCAAAGCAGGUAGCCCAGAUGUCAUGGAUGGCGUGGAUCCGAAAUUGGUCGUAGGCUCCUGCACCGAUGUCAUUGCCGGUGAACACAAGAUUGUGACACCAGGUGGCUUCGAUACCCAUAUUCAUUUCAUUCUGUCCUCAGCAAUGCUCCAAGCCAUUGACAGUCUUCCCCUCAACUACGGCAUUACCGGCAAAGGUAACGACUCUGACAUCCGGCCCCUGCAGCAACAAGCCGAAGCCGGUGUCUGUGGCCUCAAACUACACGAAGACUGGGGUACCACCCCUUCCGCCAUCGACGCCUGCCUCACUGUCUGCGACGAGUACGACAUUCAAACCCUAAUCCACACCGACACGCUCAACGAAUCCGGCUUCGUAGGAUCCACAAUCGCGGCCUUCAAAAACCGCACAAUCCACACCUACCACACCGAAGGCGCCGGCGGCGGCCACGCCCCAGACAUCAUCUCCGUCGUCGAACACGACAACGUGCUCCCUUCCUCCACUAAUCCCACCAGACCCUACACCCGCAACACGCUCGACGAGCACCUCGACAUGCUCAUGGUAUGCCACCACCUCUCACGCAAUAUCCCCGAAGACAUAGCCUUUGCCGAAUCCCGCAUCCGUGCCGAAACAAUCGCCGCUGAGGAUGUCCUGCACGAUCUCGGCGCCAUAUCCAUGAUGUCGAGCGACUCGCAGGCCAUGGGCCGCUGCGGCGAAGUCAUUCUCCGCACGUGGAAUACCGCACACAAGAAUAAAGUGCAACGCGGUACGCUAGCCGAGGACGAAGGUACAGGCGCGGAUAACUUCAGGGUGAAGCGGUAUAUCAGCAAAUAUACGAUUAAUCCAGCGAUAGCGCAAGGAAUGAGCCAUCUAAUCGGCAGUAUCGAGGUGGGUAAGGUAGCGGAUCUUGUUCUUUGGACACCGAGGAACUUUGGUGUUAAACCGAGUUUGGUUGUUAAGAGUGGAUUUUGCUCUUGGGCUAUGAUGGGCGACCCCAAUGCCUCCAUCCCAACCGUCGAACCCAUCAUCAUGCGCCCCAUGUUCGCCCCUCUCGUCCCUUCCACCAGCAUAACCUUUGUCUCGCAAGCUUCCAUCGCCUCGGGCGUCGUAAACUCGUACGGCCUACGCAAGCGCGUGGAGGCCGUCAAGAAUUGCAGGAAUAUAGGGAAGAGGGAUAUGAAGUUUAAUGACAAGAGGCCGAAGAUGAAGGUCGAUCCCGAGAGGUAUACGGUUGAGGCUGAUGGCAUGGUUUGUGAGGCUGAGCCUGCAGAGACGUUGCCGUUGACGCAGGGGUAUUUUGUGUAUUAG